CGGCGUCGGGUCCCCGGUUCUGGAGCCUUCGCGCGUCGCCUGGAACCGCAGGCCGGCCCGGCAACUUGCGCGCGCGUUCCCCCCGCUUGUUUGCUUCUGGCCGUGGCCGGGCCCCCCUCACCUCCCGCACGCCACUCGCCCGCAACCCCCACUCGCCGGCCGCCUCCCGAACAGAGCAGCAGCAGCAGCCUCCGCGCGCGCGCGCGCCGGCGCCGACCGACCGACAUGGCAGCCGGGAGCGGGGGCGGCAGCCUGCCGGAGGACGCGCCCGGCGCCGACCUCUACGCCGUCCUCGGGCUCAGCAGGGAGUGCACCGACGCCGAGCUCAGGGGCGCCUACCGGAGGCUCGCCAUGAUAUGGCACCCGGACCGGUGCUCGGCGUCCGGCAGCUCGGCGCGCGUCGAAGAGGCCAAGGAGCGGUUCCAGGAGAUCCAGGGCGCCUACUCCGUGCUCUCCGACUCCAACAAGCGCUUCCUCUACGACGUCGGCGUCUACAACAGCGAGGACGACGAGGCCGACCUGUCGGGGAUGGGCGACUUCCUCGGAGAGAUGGCCGACAUGAUGAGCCAGGCCACGCCAACGGAGACCUUCGAGGAGCUGCAGCAGCUGUUCGUGGACAUGUUCCAGGACGACCUGGAUCCGGGGCUCUUCGGCGGCCUUCCUCCAAGCCGCAGGGGCCACUCCCAGAGCCCGCCCAGCACCUCCUCGCCGCCGCCAUUGCGGCCUCCCGGUAGAAGCAACGCGCGAGCACCGCCGGCACGUAACGGCGGCGUCGACAGGCGGGGCGGCUCGCCGGCGAAGCGGCCGAGGCCCGGCCGAGGCGGCCUGGAACCGGACCUGGGCCUGUCCGGGUUCUGCUUCAUGGUGAGCGAGACGAGGCCGAUGCAGGCGCCGUGGACGACGUGCGAGGUGGGCGGCGGCGGCGGCGACAGGAGGAGCGGCCGGAAGCAGAGGCUGUCGACGAGCCGCGACGUCGCCGGCGACGGGAUGCCGCGGUCUUUCCGGCAGAGCCAGGGCGGCGGUACAGCGCUGUGGCAAUGAAUUCCCCCCAGCCCCAAUUAGAGCUCUGAUUCUUUCUUCGAUUUCCUUUUUCUUUUCGAAAAGCUUCGAUUUGCUUGUUCCACUCGCGUCAGUCGUUGUAGCUCCGAUAGAACAACACCGGAGAGAGAAAAAAUGGCUGGCCGCGCUGUCCAAUCUGUUCCGAGCCAGCCAUUGCUGUUAAUCCUCUGCGUCAUCGUUUCGAUUCGGCUUGUGGCUGACAAAAAUGUUGACACCCA